ACAUAAACUGACAAUCAAGUACGUGAGGCGUUACACAAGCAGCAUGUCUCGGCCACCAGGAAGAAAGCAGGAGAACCACAAAAUAAGCAGAGAACUUUUUGUACUCACGUAUGGAGCUUUGGUAGCCCAGCUGUGCAAGGACUAUGAAAAAGAUGAAGAUGUCAACACCUGUUUAGAUAGAAUGGGAUAUGGCAUUGGCGUAAGGCUGAUUGAUGAUUUUUUAGCUCGUUCAGCUGUGAAAAAGUGCCGCAGUUAUUCUGAAACUGCAGAUGUGAUUGCACAGGUUGCUUUCAAGAUGUACCUUGGGGUCACCCCUAGUGUGAGCUGCAGCAGUGCCGCAGGAAAUGAAUUCUCCUUAAUCCUGGACAAAAACCCACUAGUGGACUUUGUGGAGGAGCUGCCAGCAGAACGAGCAUCACUUUGCUACUGUAACCUCCUCUGCGGGGUGAUUCGAGGUGCCUUGGAAAUGGUUCAGUUAGCAGCAGAAGUUACCUUCCUCCAGGACAGGCUGAAGGGUGAUGCUGUGACAGAAAUAGGAAUUACGUUUUUAAGGAAGGCUGAAGACAGAAAGCACAAAAGAAAUAAAUGAAAGAAAUAUUGGGAGAAACCCUUGCUGAGGGAUAUUUUGCGCCUUUUGUUUCUGAAGAAGACAUGCAGGGUAAAAAUGGCUUCGCUGAGCGAGCUGCACCAGUCAUUCAUUUGAAAGGUGAAGAGAGCCGGGCAGCAAACAGCAGGGGCAGAGCAGGAGGAGAGCAAUGUUAAUUGUCAUGACACAGAUAUUAGUACAAAAGAUCAAAAUGGCCUGCCCUUCCUUCUCACAUAAACAUGCUCUUGAACUCAAUGUAAGUUUUAUCUCAGUAUUUAGUGCACGCUGGAUGCAAAAUAUUCAUUUGGACACCAACUGUUUUCAGCUAAAUAUGACCACCUUUUCCCAUUUUGUUUGUUGGUAAUGUUUCAAAGCAUGGUUGCUAAGAGGUACUUUAUUUCCCUGGCUGUUUGUGGUUAGGAAUAAUGAAUUCAUCCGCUGUGACUGCUGUAUGCAGUGUCUCGCUGUCAGGUGCCUGUUUUGAUGCAUAAUGGUUUGUCAUUCAUUGUCCUCCACGCUGGACAUCCUCUCCCUUUGAAACCAGAGAGGGAUGCGGCUUCACUGAUGGCAGGAGCCAGUUCAGUUCAUUACGGCUCUGUCAGGC